AUGGCUGAACUUCUUAUUUCACAUGGUAUAAAUAUCAAUGAAAAAGAUGAAGUUGGAAAAACCGCUCUUCAUAUUGCAACAGGAAAUAAUAGUAAAGAAAUAGCUGAAUUUCUUAUUUCACAUGAUAUAAAUAUCAAUGAAAAAGAUAAUUUUGGACAAACCGCUCUUCAUAAUUCAGCAGAAAAUAAUAGCAAAGAAACAGCCGAACUUCUUAUUUCACAUGGUGCAAAUAUCAAUGAAAAAGAUUAUGAUGGAAAAACCGCUCUUCAUUUUGCAGCAAUAUAUAAUAGUAAAGGAAUAGCUGAAGUUCUUAUUUCACAUGGUAUAAAUAUCAAUGAAAAAGAUAGUGAUGGAAGAACCGCUCUUCAUAUUGCAGUAAGUGAAAAUAGUAAAGAAACAGCCGAACUUCUUAUUUCACAUGGUGCAAAUAUCAAUGAAAAAGAUUAUAAUGGAAAUACCGCUCUUCAUUUUGCAGCAUUAUAUGAAAGUAAAGAAGCAGCUGAACUUCUUAUUUCACAUGGUAUAAAUAUCAAUGAAAAAGAUAAUGAUGGGAAAACCGCUCUUCAUUAUGCAGCAAAUAAGAAUUAUGAAGAAAUAGUCGAACUUCUUAUUUCAAAUGGUAUAAAUAUCAAUGAAAAAGAUAAUGAUGGAAAAACCGCUCUUCAUUAUGCAGCAAAUGAGAAUUAUGAGGAAACAGCUAAACUUCUUAUUUCAAAUGGAAUAAAUAUCAAUGAAAAAGAUAAUGAUGGAAAAACCGCUCUUCAUCUUGCAACAAGUAUUUUAUGUAUAAAAACAGCUAAGCUUCUUAUUUCAAAUUGUGUAAAUAUCAAUGAAAAAGAUAAUGAUGGAAAAACCACUCUUCAUCAUGCAGCACGUUAUAAUAGUAAUAAAACAGCUAAACUUCUUAUUUCAAAUGGUAUAAAUAUCAAUGAAAAAGAUAAUGAUGGAAAAACAGCUCUUCAUUAUGCAGCAGAUAAGAAUUAUGAAGAAAUAGUCGAACUUCUUAUUUCAAAUGGUAUAAAUAUCAAUGAAAAAGAUAAUGAUGGAAAAACCACUCUUCAUAUUGCAGUAAGUGAAAAUAGUAAAGAAAUAGCCGAACUUCUUAUUUCACAUGGUAUAAAUAUCAAUGAAUAA